AGGAAGAAAGAAUUGGGAUAUUUUGAAGGGAGAGAUAAAAAGUACUUUUCGUGGACCAAUUACGCAAUUCAUCUCUUUCUUAAUUUAUUUGAGUUGCAGUUCCUUCCACUAUUGGCAAUCAUGAAUGUAUAAAUACUGCUCUCCCUCCAUUUCAAAUUUAUCUUCCUUAUUUACUAUUACUGUCAUCUUCAUGGAUUCUCAAGUCUUGCUCGGCGUUGCACUUUCAUCUGUCGGUGGUUUCAGCACUUCCAUCGGUGCACUUUUCGUAAUCCUUAGUAAAGCUCCAAGUUUGAAGGUGCUUGGACUGUUACAGGGUUUUGCUGCUGGUUUGAUGCUGAGUAUAUCAUUCUUUGAUCUCACUCAUAAUGCCUUGAACUCACUCGGCUUCCUUAGAGGCAACCUUUGGUUCUUUGCUGGUGUCAUAUUCUUUGCUGUUGUUGCCAAAUUUAUACCAGAACCGACACCUGCUCCUCCCUUUUCAAAUGAUAAGAGUACCAAGAAAUCUGGGAAUGAAGGAAACAAUGGCAUUAUGAAAAGGCGUCGCCGUCAAGUUUUACUCAGUGGUGUUAUCACAGCCAUAGGUAUAAGUCUACAUAAUUUUCCAGAAGGAAUGGCAGUGUACCUUGGAUCCAUGAAGGGAGUUCGUGUUGGUCUUAACCUUGCCCUGGCCAUUGCACUGCACAACAUCCCUGAGGGUGUUGCUGUUGCACUUCCCGUCUAUUUUGCGACAGAAAGUAAAUGGGAGGCAUUCAAAUUGGCAUCACUUUCCGGCUUUGCUGAGCCACUGGGCGUUAUAAUUGUAGCCUGUUUAUUCCCUACCAGCCUAAAUCCUGAGAUUCUUGAAGGUAUUCUUGGAUCAGUUGGUGGAAUUAUGGCUUUUCUAACCCUUCACGAAAUGAUACCACUAGCUUUUGAGUAUGCGGGACAAAAACAAUCUGUUAAGGCCGUCUUUUGUGGGAUGGCUUUCAUGUCUGCAAGCUUGUAUUUUCUACGUAUGAGUUUACCAGAGGACAUGUAACUGGGAACAAUCUCUUUCUUUUCUGAAUGAGAUGCAUUUCAGACUAUCAUUAUGGGCUGUCUUCUUGCUGCUGUAAUCAGGAAGAUGCCUUCAGAGACGAACUCCAAAAUUUCCAGUAACAUUAAUGUACAGCAGGAAGAUAUAGCAGUUGAACAUGAAGCAGGUAGGAGCCAUUCAUCUGUAAUGAUGGUUCCCCUCAAUACAUAUGUACAAACAAAAGCAACUUGCAAUUAAUGUUCUUCUGUUA